AUGCCACAAACACCACGACACCCGCCAAUUGCCGAGGCCGAAAAAGACAGGCCCGACUUUGAUGCUGCCCAAUCUUGGGGUCUAACAAAACGCCCAGACCCACAAUGGGUCCCUGGGUCUGGGGCAAACGACUCCGAUUGGAAAAACCACAAAAAAAUCGCCAUCGACCCGUAUGGCGAAGGAAGACUGGUGAUUGACAACUACAAAACAUUGAUUUCCGGUGUUGUGCCGCGGCCAAUUGGGUUUGUUUCUACGGUGGACAAGGACGGAAAGCGCAACUUGGCGCCGUUUUCCUUUUUCAACGUGGUCAAUCCCGAUCCGCCCAUUUUCACCUUGGGAUUUUCUGGGCCCUUGGACAAACCCAAGGACACGUGCCGCAAUAUCUUGGAGACCCAAGAGUUGACCAUCAACAUCAUCAGCGAAUGGUUUGUGGAGGCAGCUAACUACUGCUCCAUCAAUUCGCCUGCGGACGUGGAUGAAUGGGAAUUGAGCGGCUUGACGCCAUUGGAAUCGGAUUUGGUGCGUCCGCCACAUGUUGCCGAAUCAGCCUUCAGUGUGGAAGCCAAAUUGCUCCAUUCACACGAGUGGAAGUCCCGGGUUGACCCCGGAAAAUCCACCGGCGUGUUAUGUAUCGUGGAAGGUGUGCGCUUUCAUGUGAGAGAAGACGUUCUCAACGAGCAGAAAAACCAGAUCGACAUUGCAAAGUUGAAGCCUGUUUCUCGUUUGGGCGGAAUCUCCUAUGGGCGCACAACAGCGGGUUACGAGAUGCCAAGACCUCAGUAUGAAGCUGAGUAA